AUGGGGAAACAUAAACAUAGCAAAGAUAAGUUAUAUAUUCUGCAAUCAGAAUAUAGAAGAGACGCAUUAAUAAAGAAACAAAUAAAAUCCAGAAAUUCAACAUAUUUACCUUUUAAUUAUUGUUGUAUAAGUUUAAGACCAUUCACUGAUCCAUAUUGUGACGAAGAUGGAAGGCUUUACGAUAAAAAAAGUGUUUUAGAAGAAAUGGAGAAAUCCAUAAGAAAUAAUAAACCUGGAAUUGAUAUAAAAAAAUUAAUUAAAGUGAAUUUUUAUAAACAUGAAAAUGAAUAUAUAUGUCCUAUAACAAGAAAAUAUUUUAAUAAACAUACAAAAAUUAUAUUAAAUAAAAAAACUGGAAAUACAUUUUCAUCAGAAAUUUUUAAACUAUUUCCAAAUAAAAAUGAAAUGUUUGAUCCAAUUACACAUGAUACCAUGAAUAUGUUAGACUUAAUUGUCUUACAAGACCCCUUAAAUAAUAAACAUAACAUGAAUGAGUUGCAUAAUCAAUUUGUUCAGAAAGAAAAAGAAAAAAGUCAACAUAUUCAGGAAAAUGGUGCAAUCAUGAGUAUAUUACAAGAAGUAAAAAAUAAACAAAUGGAAAAUAAUAAAUUAGACGCAAACAAAAAUAAAGGUGAAGAUAAACAUUCAAGGUUUAAAGAUGAUUAUAAAAAUGAAAAACGAGAAAAAAACAAAUAUUUGUAUUCAACAAAUAAAGAUAAUGAAAAUAAUUAUAUUGAAGAUGAUAGUAAUAGUGAAAAUGAAAUAAAAAUAAAAUGUGAAAAUUAUAGUGAUAAUAAAUUAGCUCAAAGUGUUACAUCAACUAUAUAUAAUGCAACAUACAAAAAUACUUUUGUUUAUCUUCCAGAAGCACAAGUUCAUGAUAUGAUAUAUACCAAUGUUAUAAAAAAUAAAAAAAAUAGUUAUGUACGUUUAAUAACUGAUGUAGGUAUGAUUAAUAUUGAACUAUAUGCAUAUAAAUGCCCAAAAUUAUGUCAUAAUUUUUUAUUUUUAUGUGAAUACAAAUAUUAUAACAAAACAGAUAUAUUUAAAAAAGACAAAGAUAUUAAUAUUGUUUAUUUGGGGGCAUGUAAAAAUAAUAUACAUUCAGCAGCAUCCGGAUUUUAUUGGAGAAAAAAAUUAAAAAAAUAUAAAUUACGAAAAAAAAUCGAUAAUGAAAAAAUUAUUAAUAAGUUAAAAGAAGAAAUAAAUGUAAAUAGUGACAAUGAUAGUGAUAUAGGAAUUAAAUAUUUAAGAUGUAAUGAUAACAGACAUACUGCAGAAACUAAUUCAUAUGGUAACAUAUAUAUGUUUAAAUAUUAUAAUCAAAAAUAUUCAAAUAUGUUUUAUAUAUCCCUAUCAGAGGAUUAUACAACUAAUAAUCCAUGCAUUGGAAAAGUUGUCGGAGGAAAUGAUACAUUAGAAAAGUUAAAAAAUCUGGACACAACUUCAAUGAAUGAUGAACACUAUACCUUAAAUGAAACGAUUAUAUACACAAACCCAUUUAAAGAGGUUAUAAAAGAAAUGAAAGAAGAUUCAAAAAAAAAAAAUAUGCCAGAGCCCCCAAAAGAAAAACCCAAAACUUUCAUCGAUGAUGAUAUCUUUGUAGAAAAUAAAAAUGACGAUAUAGGAAAAUAUAUAAAAUGGCAAAAUUUUAAAAACAAUAAUAAAAAUCCAAAUUCUGAUGAAUCAAAAUUAAAUAUAUUAAAAAAGGAAAAUGCAUCAAAGCCAAAGCAAGUCAAAAUGGAUUUUUCGGGUUGGUAG